AAAAAAAAAAAAAAAUGCUUUAGGUGUUAAUUAAAUAUGAAACAUGACACCUUCUCUUCAACUUUCAAAGGUGAACGAACACUGGCUUGCUUAUAAAAAGGGCAUUCACCAUCUCUCGUUCAAUUCACAAAUUGGAUAAAAGUCUCUACUUUCAAUUCUCGUUUUAUAAAAAAUAGGAAACUGAGUUGAGCAAAGCUAUCUUUCAGACGAAGUGGUUAAGGAAGAAGAAGAUGAAGUACGUAGUGGUUUCAGGUGGAGUAGUGAGUGGACUCGGAAAAGGAGUCACGGCAAGUAGCAUCGGUCUCAUCCUCAAAUCAUGUGGAUUCCGAGUCACCGCCAUUAAAAUCGAUCCUUACUUAAACAUUGAUGCUGGGACCAUGUCACCUAUUGAACAUGGUGAAGUUUACGUCUUGGACGAUGGUGGCGAGGUUGAUCUUGAUCUUGGGAACUAUGAGAGGUUCAUGGACAUCAAGCUGACCCGUGAAAACAACAUAACUACCGGGAAGGUUUAUAAGCAUGUGCUUGAGAAAGAGAGGAGAGGAGAUUAUCUUGGGAAGACUGUCCAGGUUGUUCCUCAUAUCACCGAUGCUAUUCAAGAAUGGAUUGAGCGUGCAGCUAAGAUUCCAGUUGAUGGACAGUCUGGUCCAGCUGAUGUCUGUGUCAUUGAACUUGGAGGAACAAUAGGAGACAUAGAGUCCAUGCCUUUUAUUGAAGCUCUUGGGCAGUUCUCCUAUCGUGUUGGCUCUGAGAAUUUCUGCUUGAUCCAUGUCAGUCUUGUGCCUGUAUUGAAUGUUGUUGGUGAACAGGCAAGUCUCUUGAGACUUGUUUCUUUUGGAGUUUUUAUCCUAACGAUGUCUAACAUAAUGUGGUCUAAUUGCUUACAGAAGACUAAACCAACGCAACAUAGCGUUAAAGACUUGAGAGGCCUUGGCUUGAGCCCUAACAUCUUGGCUUGCAGAAGCACAAAGCCACUUGAAGAUAAUGUGAAGGCCAAACUCUCUCAGUUUUGCCAAGUUCCGAUGGAGAACAUUGUGACUCUCUAUGAUUGCCCCAACAUUUGGCACAUUCCAUUGCUUCUCAAAGAACAAAAGGCACACGAGGCGAUUCUGCAUGUCCUGAACCUUACAGGAAUUGCAAAGGAGCCUGCAUUAGAGGAAUGGUCUCUGAUGGCUAAAAUGAGCGACAAGUUGCACGUUCCGGUAAGAAUUGCUGUUGUUGGGAAGUAUACUGAGCUCUUGGAUUCAUAUCUUUCCAUCCAUAAGGCUCUCUUGCAUGCUUCUGUGGCUAGGCGCAAGAAACUUGUCAUAGAUUGGAUUCCAGCUAGUGAUCUUGAACAAGGUGCCAAGAAAGAGAAUCCAGAUGCAUAUAAGGCAGCGUGGAAGUUACUCAAGGGUGCUGAUGGUAUUCUUGUGCCUGGAGGUUUUGGAAACAGAGGUGUACAAGGAAAGAUUCUUGCAGCCAAACACGCCAGAGAAAACAAAGUUCCAUACCUUGGUAUCUGUCUAGGUAUGCAACUCGCUGUGGUCGAGUAUGCAAGAAACGUACUCGGUUUGGCAGAUGCAAACAGCGCUGAACUCGAUCCCAACACCAAGAACCCUUGUGUUAUCUUCAUGCCUGAGGGCUCGACAACUCAUAUGGGAGGCACCAUGAGGUUAGGUUCAAGAAGAACUUAUUUUCAAAGCAAGGACUCCAAAUCAGCAAAACUAUAUGGGAACAGAAGUUUUGUCGAUGAGAGACACCGACACAGAUAUGAGGUGAAUCCAGCUAUGGUUCCACGUUUCGAGAGCUCUGGACUCACAUUCCCAGGAAAAGACGAGACGGGUCAGCGAAUGGAGAUCGUUGAGCUGCCAAACCAUCCGUUCUACGUUGGAGCUCAGUUCCAUCCUGAGUACAAAUCAAGACCAGGCAAACCAUCUCCUCUCUUCCUAGGACUAAUUGGAGCAGCUAGUGGAGAGCUAGACAAUGUACUGCAACAAAGCUGCCAAGAAAGCGUCGGCUCACGUCCUCACUCCAACGGAAAGCUCGAGAGGCUUUACUGGAAAGGUGCAGCGAAAAAGCCAGUCAGUGUUGUAUACAGUGUAUGUGAUCGUGUCUGCUCAUGAAGAUGGCUGCAUCAACGAUGACUUUCUCUCUAUAAAAAGAUGUUUUAUCCGGAUUUUUUUUAACGUGGAUUGCUUCGCUUAUGGAGGAAGAGAGAAGGCUGUACAGUUUGAGGAUUGGCUUUUUAUACGAGAUGUGUUUCUUAAAAGAUUAUGAAGAAGAAGAAGAAGAAGACUAAACACAAGCAGCAUUAGAAUAUAUAUAUACCUUUGUCUUUUGUAAUCGGUAAUAUCUAGAGUCGUUUGAUUUGACUCUCUCUUCUGCUGCUGUGUUUCUUGGAUUCUUAUGUAGUAGCUUAUCUUUGUGUUGUUUUUCUUGUUUUUGGGUUAUUUAAACAUUUCCAGAGAAGUUUUUUUGAUUUCUCUGUAUGUUAAUGUAGCUUCUAUGUUAUUUGAAUGGUUUAUGUUAUAUUUACUAGCUA